CACAGCAGAACUCGGUCACUAGAAUUUUUCGACUUUCAUCAAUUGCACGAAAAGUUAUUUAUCGUCAAACGUUCAAUCGUUGUCCUGCUUUAUAACUACGACAAAUACGAUGAAUAAAUUCGGUGGUUUUCUAAUAACGAUGCUAUUCGUGUUUUGCACUUGCAUGGCAGAUUGUCCCCCGAGGAACGUGACUGUGGAUUUGGAUUCGGAGAAGUUUUCAGGCGAAUGGUUCGUCGUCUCUGCUACGUCCCCUCGUGGUAAAACUUUGAGUAAAUGUGGACGCUUUUUCGUAAAUCCAACGUCCUCUGAUGCAUUAGCGAUGAAUUACACGGCUCGCGCGGCCCAUCAAAAGAGCCACACAACUUUCGUCGUUAAUGUUACUCUCGAUGAUGAUCUAACUGGAGUUUGGAGGGUGCAAGGCUCAGAUAUGAUACUCGGCUCCUACAAACACCGAGUCAUCGAUGUCGACUACAGUUCACACUGUGUAAUGAUAGUUUGCAGAGGUGACGAGGGGGAUUCAUCUAUUCGCGAUUUUCUGAUGAUAUGGUCACGCGAAAAAACACUCUCUCCCACAAUGCUGACUAUCUUGAAGGAUCAAGUCGAAUCUUACAUCGAUAAAAACGAAAUUCGCGACGUCGAUCAUAGUGAUUGUUAACCACCAAUUCAUUCUGCUCGAUAAUCGAUAGUG